GGCGAGGCGGAAGCGGCCUCAGGGACCUUUGGAAAGGUGCCUGGACCCUGGGGUGGGGUCAGGAGACCCCCGGGCUGCGGGAUGCAGUGACCCCGUGCGGGAAGGGGGGCUCUUCCCCGUCCCCCAGGUUUGGGGGCCCAUGGCAGAGCAGGACCGGGCGCUGGAGCCCGGCUGGCUCCUGUCCCCCGCCGGCCGCCCCUACCUGGACUCCAUCCUGCACAAGAACCAGCGGAGAGCGUUCGGUCUGCUGGAGCACCCGGCGCUGCCGCCCGCCCUGGCCGUGCCCAUCGUCACCUACAAACUGUUCCUGGCCGGGAGAAGCGGCGUCGGGAAGACGGCGCUGGUGGCCUGGCUGGCAGGGACCCCCGUGCCCCCCGCCCACCACGAGACCCUGGGGAUCGAGGCCACGCCGCUCUUCUGGCCGGCCAAGCCCCGCGCCAGCAGCCGCCCGGUCCUGUUCCGGCUGUACCUCUGGGACUGCGGGGACGGAGCGCUCAGGAAGUUCGAGCACCUGCUGCCCGCCUGUAAGGAGGAUGCGGACGCCGCCCUGUUCCUGUUCUCCUUCACGGACCGCGCGUCCUUCGAGGAGCUGCCGGCGCUCAUGGGCCGCGUGCUGGGCCCCGGGGACCGCGACAUCGUCAGGAUGGUGGUGGGCACCAAAUUCGACCUGGCCCCGCACGCCGCGGUGACGGAGGGGGACGUGCGGGCCUUCGAGGGGACGUGGGGGCUGCGGGUGCUGCGGGCGGGGGGGACCCCGGCGGGCGGCGGGGCGCGGGCGGGGCUGGCCCGGGUCGCCCCCGUCCUGGACGCCCUGGUCGAGGAGCUCUGGCGGCGCGACCAAGUGACCGCCGGCGUCACCCCGGGGGACGCGGGGGACACCUGA